UUGUCCCCUAUAAAACCAACCCCAACCCUGAACCCACUCCCAACCUUACCACUGAACCUGCCACUGACCCUGCAUCCAACCUUGCAUCCAACCCUGCAUCCGACCCUGCCUCUUAUAGAGAUCCGAACCCGUACCUGACCCCUGACCUUACAGAGAUUGAGGAGGAUGCCCUUUUGGCUGAUGUCGACAACUUAAGCAUGCACGACAACUUUAACAUAGACGACAGCUUUGAAGCAGACAAACUCUACUUAAUAACUGAAAUUGAAAACCAUACAACAAGCAAACAUGAACAAAACACUGAAUUACCAAACACUGACGAACAACAUACAAACAAACCUGAAAUUGACCAAAACAUUGCUGAACAUACUAUCAACAGAACGAACAAUGACAUAUAA